AGACUUUCUAAAUAAUGAUAAUGAAACACAUUGCUUCAACUAGAGGUUUUAAGUGUAUCUUUCGUCAAAAGACAUUCAACGGUACACCGCUUCCUGUUGUCCGCUCAUCUUCUUCGAAAACGUCAGCAAAUAAUCAAUCAACUUAUAUAAAUUCUUUCAACUCAACUUCGGAGAUACUGACAUUAAAAAAUAUUCCACCACCAAAAGCUCCGCAAAAAAAGAAAACAAAACACGGAAAUAAUUUUAAGUCACUUGCAGUUUAUCAUUAUAAUUUAUAUUAUGCGCAACUUCAUUUUAAUAGAUUGGUUUUUAUAGUUCAACAUAAUAAUCUUAACAUACAAGAACAAAUUAUACUCCGAAGAGAAUUAAAACAAAAAGGAGCAGUUCUUACAGUAACACGUGGAAGUAUAUUUGGAGCAGUUGUACGUCAAUCAAUAUUAUAUAGUAAUUUGUUGCCUCUGGUUGUCGGACCAACUUGUAUGAUUGGAUCAAAUGUUACCGAUGAAGAAAAUCCAAAAUUAGUUGCUGAUAUUUUUAACAUUAUUAAUAAGAACAAGAAGUUUAUUUUGGUUGGUGGAAAAAUGGAUAGAUCUUUAUUGAACUUGGAAGGGUUUCAAAAUGUAACGAAAUUACCAGGAUUAAAACAUCUUCAAAGUGAACUAAUUGGAUUACUGAAUUCUCCUGGUUCAAGAGUCGUUGAAUUAUUGAAUAAUAAUCCUCAAAAUUUGAUUUUCACUCUUGAUACACAUAAAAAUAACUUUGGUACUCAAAAUUCAGGAGAAAAAUCCCGGAGCGAUCAAGAUGAUCCUUUAAGAAAUAAAUGAAUUAAGUUUAGUUUUAUAUUAUUUUCUAGAGUAAGAAAAUUAAUUUUUUACCUUUUUGGUGUUUCUAAUUGUAAAAAAAAACUCUUCUUUCUUUUUUUGUUUAGUUUAAGUCAAAAGAAAGAAAUAAAUAAAUAAAU